AUGAAGGUUUCAGUUAGAGGAUCCAGUUGCACAACAUCCUCAGGGAGACUGAUUGUGGACAACUUUGGAUUAUCAUUUAAUGAAGAGGCCAAGUUGGACACAGGAUGCAACUUCGACAGCGAGUGCGACGCGGCCGACCAGUACAGCUACUGUGGCCCCGAAAACAGAUGCGUCUGCAAGGAUGGCUACAUCAUGGAAGAAUAUCCCAAUGUGGGAUUCAGCUGUGUCACCAAGAAUCCAAGCCAGGGUCCAGGGCAGGUCGAUCCUGCCAUGAUCGGCGUCCUCGUUGGUUUGGCGCUCAUGUUCGUUAUCAUCUGUGUCGUCCUUCGCCUCUUCUCCAAAGCCCGCUUCCGAGAGAACCGAUCGAUCUUCAACACCCCCAACCCCCGCCUGAUGAACGCCUCGCUGUUCAAAGACAGUAAGUUGCUGAGUCCUGCCCGUGGAGAACGGCGGGGGUCUCGGGCCAGCGUGCGUGCCCCUUCCCGGGCCGCCUCAGUCACUUCAGUCAACGCUGCUACUCGGUCUCCCAAUGGCUCUCUGGCCAAAGGACGACGCGGCAGUGCCAUGUCAGCCGUGUCAGCCACGGGCUCAGCAGCGGGAGGCGCGCCGCCGAAGACCCCAAGUCCAGCGAAGGACUCCAAGAGCAAGUCGGAGACCACCGUAGCCAUCGAGAACGUCGACUAGAAAGACGGCAGCAGGACGAGUAUGAUUACCGAGGGCCAAGUCUGCUGCUGCUGCUUCUCCUCCUCCUCCUCCUCCUCCUCCUCCUCCUUCAUCUACAUCUUCACCAGAGACCUCAGGAACGCCAUCACCCUGGAGGCCGCCAC